AUGUACGUAGUACAGAGUUCCCGCUGCAGCAACAGCACACAAUUAUGUACAUCAUCCCAUGGCAAGGCAGGUCAUGCCGAGCGCCGCCGUCUAGUUCUGCCCUCAAUUGCUCGACCCCGUCAGACCGAUGUCACUUCCAACACGCUACAGACGAACUCUGCCCCUCCCCCAGAUAGCCGGCAAAACCUCCCAUCUGCAAAAUGA